UGUGUCCCCCAGCACUACGGGACAAUCUGUGUCCCCCAGCAGUGUGUGACCAAGAGUGUCACUCAGCAAAGUGCCACCAAGUGUGUCCCCCAGCAAGGCAUGGCCAAGUGCGUCCCCCAGCAAAGUGCCACCAAAGGUGUCACCCAGAAAUAUGGGACAGUUUGUGUCCCCCAGCAAAGUGCCACCAAGUGUGUCCCUCAGCAAAGUGCCACCAAGUGUGUCCCUCAGCAAAGUGCCACCAAGUGUGUCCCCCAGCAAAGUGUCAAGUGUGUCCCUCAGCAGUGUGGCACAAUUUGUGUCCCUCAGCAGAGUGUAACCAAGUGUGUCCCCCAGCAAUGUGCGACCAAAUGUGUCCCCCAGCAAAGUGCCACCAAGUGUGUCCCCCAGCAGUGUGUCACUAAAUGUGUCCCCCAGCAAAGUGCCACCAAGUGUGUGCCCCAGCAGUGCGUGACCAAGAGUGUCACUCAACAGAGUGCCACCAAGUGUGUCCCCCAGCAAAGUGCCACCAAGUGUGUCCCCCAGCAAUAUGGGACAAUUGGUGCCCCCCAGCAAUGUGUCACCAAGUGUGUCCCCCAACAAUGUGUCACCAAGUGUGUCCCUCAGCAAUAUGGGACAAUUGUUGCCCCCCAGCAGUGUGUCACCAAGUGUGUCCCCCAGCAAAGUGCCACCAAAUGCGUCCCUCAGCAAAGUGCCACCAAGUGUGUCCCCCAGCAGUCCGGUGGAGUGAAGAUCUCCAGCCACGCCAAGAAAUACUGCUCGGCCCCCAAGUGGCCCUGGUGACCCCCAGGGCGUGGGACGAGGACAAUCCCCGGGAAUGUGGCCACAAUUCCCAUUUUUU